AUGGAUGAGAAUUCGUCCAUUGUCUGCGGGAAUGACGCGAAAUUCCAGUCCACCGCCGUUGAUGGUGUCAUUCCAGGCACCGCAUUGCGUGAUGAUGACGAGCAGGGCAGCGCGGCAGGCGCUGAACUCGGUGUAGGAGGCGCGGGCGAGGCCGAUGGUGUUCCGGAGGAGCUUGCACGUGUCAAUGACGGUAAGCGAGGCCUCGACACAGUCGGCGACAAGGAUGGACUUGGAGUCGAGCUUGCGGGUGCUGCUGCUGAAGCUGCCGCGAUGAGGCAGAUCAUUGGGUGA